AUGUCUGCGCCAGCCUCAGCGUCGCCCGCCGUGGUUCACAACCCAGCGGGCGGCCGUCCGCCGCAUCGCGCCCAGUCCACUUCCGUCCGCUCGACCGCCCAAGCCCCACCAGUCUCCCCUCACCGCUCGCUCUCGCAGUCCCAGGGCCACAGCCGCUCCAGCUCCAGCCAGCAGGCCCAUCUUCAGGCUGUAGCGAAGCGAGACCACGAGGCAUCGAAUGUCGCCCGCCCGGCCUCCUCUCGCCGAAGCGAGUCUCGGGACCGGGCCUCCCAAACCGGUCAGCGCAGCUCCUCGCGCUCUCGUCACGCCCGCUACACUUCUGACGCGUCGGCCACAGGCGUUCCCACCAAUGGCGCUGCCGCUGCUGCGGAGCCCAGCCACCGCCCGGCGCCGGCUGCGAACAAUACCUCUGGCAGGAGAAGAACUACAAUAUCCGCUCAGACGGGGACAUGGGCGCUUGGGAAAACCGUCGGCGCUGGUAGUAUGGGCAAGGUCAAGCUAGCUAGAAACACUGAAACGAACGAGCAGGUUGCCGUCAAGAUAGUGCCCAGACAGUCCACCGACGAGCACCGUAAUCAGGCUGAUCGCGAGAGAGCGGACCACUCCAAGGAAGUACGCACUGCCAGAGAAGCGGCUAUCAUGACCCUCGUCAACCAUCCCUACAUCUGUGGGAUGCGCGAUGUGGUCAGGACUCACUAUCACUGGUACAUGCUCUGCGAAUAUGUCAACGGUGGCCAGAUGUUGGAUUACAUCAUCUCCCACGGGCGGCUGAAGGAGAAGCAAGCGCGCAAAUUCGCCCGCCAAAUCGCCAGCGCGCUCGAUUACUGCCACCGCAACAGCAUUGUGCACAGAGAUCUCAAGAUCGAGAACAUCCUCAUCAGCAAGACUGGCGACAUCAAGAUCAUUGAUUUCGGCUUGAGCAACCUCUUCUCCCCGCGCAGCCAGCUAAAGACUUUUUGCGGCAGUCUCUACUUCGCGGCCCCCGAGUUGUUGCAAGCGAAGCAAUAUACUGGGCCAGAAGUCGAUGUCUGGAGUUUUGGCAUAGUUCUUUACGUUUUGGUUUGUGGAAAAGUGCCGUUCGAUGAUCAGAGUAUGCCACAGCUGCACGCAAAGAUUAAGAAGGGGCAUGUGGAGUAUCCGCCGUGGCUCAGUGCGGAGUGUAAAAACUUAAUUUCCCGUAUGCUCGUCACUGAUCCCAAACAGCGCGCCACUCUCGGCGAGAUUAUGACGCAUCCUUGGAUUACUAAGGGCUUCAACUCACCCCCGGAGAACUUCCUUCCUCCGAGAGAGCCGCUUCAGCUUCCUCUUGAUUCCGAGGUGAUCGAUAAGAUGACCGGUUUUGACUUCGGCACGCCGGAGUAUAUCACCUCUCAGCUCACCAACAUCAUCCAGUCGGAGGAAUACCAGAACGCUUGUCGUCUGGCUGCGCAGCGAUCACAGGAUAAGACGCCGGAGACGGAGCGGAAGCGCGGAGUGUUCGACUUCUACAAGAGACGCAACUCUAUGAGCCGGGAUACCUUGACCAACCCAUCUUCCGAAGCAUUGACGGUGGGUACUGAUCCUGUCAAUGCCUUCAGCCCCCUGAUCUCCGUGUAUUUCCUUGUGAAGGAGAAACACGAGAGGGAACGGAAGGAAGAAAAUCCUGGAGGUCUCAGCAUGCCCAAAGUCCCAGGAGAGAAGCCAUUCAAAAUGCCAGAACUCGCUGCUCCGGAAGCAGCGUACACGAAUGCAAGCUCUUACGAGUACGCUGGAGAGAAGCCGACUGGCGGGCGCUCUAGGCCUAGGGCGAGGACGCAUGGAGAAGACGAGGUGACUGAAGGGCUGCAAAAGGUCAACCUUCAGGUGCCUUCUCCUUCAGGCGCUACGUCUCCCAGCAUGCUUACGCCCCCUCACGAGCCUGCACCCGUCAAGAAGGAAAGCACUGCUGCAGGCAUUCUCCGUCGGUUCAGCACCAGAAGACGUCAUGACCACGACCGUGACAAGUCUAACCCGCCUCCGAUUCCUCCGGCCAUCAACGAACCAUCAGGCUCUACUGGCAGCUCUAUGCUGAGAAGCUUCAGUGUGCGCAGAACAAGAGAUAGGAGUGCUGAUGCUCAGCAAGCAACCCGAAAGCCUGAGACUACGCCGGAGCAACCUGAGUUGCUGGCCCCGCCGACCUCAGGCGCAACAACACAAGCGUCGAAGUUGAAGGGGCUCGGAAGAUCAGCAAGCGUCAACUCAGCAGAGUUCCGCAGGCGGAUGUUGAACAGGCGCGCUGCUGCAUCUGAAGGGAACCAGGAUCCGCCGCCAACGAGUGGAUCAGACAAGUCUAGCGUGGGCGGGCAGAGAACCCAUGCGGCGCCAGACACAGCUUCCGAAGAAGUUGCACUGGGCAGCCAGUCUCACCCGACCUCCCGUGCCAAGUCGCUUGGUCAUGCUCGCAGAGAGAGCAUCCAGGCCCGCCGGGCCCGUCGGGAGCAGACGCGGGAGGGCAAUUUGCCUGAAGAGACAGAGCGCGAAGUAGCCGAAGCCAACGAUUCCUCUGGAGAGAACCGGAGCCCGGAAACGAUCAAGCCAGUAUACUUGAAGGGCUUGUUCAGUGUCUCUACGACGAGCAGCAAGCCGCUCCAGUUCAUCAGGGCCGAUAUCAUCCGUGUGCUGAAGCAGCUCGGAGUGCAGUACUGGGAGAGUCGCAGCGGGUUCAGUUGCAAGCACAGCCCGAGCAUCGACGCUGACAACGCAGAGGGCACCGCUCCUCCGGCGAGCCCCAACCAGGCAUCAAACAGCGCGCUCGGGCACCGGCGGAAGAUCAGCUUCGGGUUGAGGGGGUCUGAGCAACGCGAGCGCGACGAGUUCCAUGAAGCUCAUAGGUCGCCGACGACGCCGAAGUCGGGACGACUGCCGCGCAGGCCGGACCACAGUUACACCAGUGCGGAGGAUUCAGAGGAGAGCGACGUGGCAGAGCGUGAGAGCAUGCCUCGGGCACGCGCGGCUGGUGAGACGACGACUCACGUGCAACACGACAUGGGGGGAAGCACGGCACUGAAGUUCGAGAUUUCCAUCGUCAAGGUGCCGCUGCUGUCGCUGCAUGGCAUCCAGUUCAAGAAGGUGGAUGGUGGCACGUGGCAGUACAAGAGUCUCGCGCAGAAGAUCCUGAACGAGCUGAAGCUCUGA